AUGUUUCCCUGGGGCAAAUUCCCAUCCAAAGUUGAACCGAAGUUCCGAUCACGUUUGCAUCCUUAUCCUCUUCCCUUCCUCGCCGCUCAACGAGGUGGGAAUCAGGUAGGUGUGGGCUCGAGUGCAAAUGUUUUACUGCGAGACGGUCCAUUGCCAUUAAAGUCACCCAAUCGAAAUAGCGACAUAAUUCUCGAGUAUGUUACGUUUCUCAACGAAUUUAUAAGGGAUUUAAAUAUUAAGGCUUUUAUCGGCAGGACCCUCCGAAAAACUGCCCAAUUAAUUUUGCGUGGCGCCUCAACUCUUCUGAAUCUACGUUUUCAAAAUGAUCGAGACUCCUUUUUGUAA